CUUUGAACAUUAGCUGAGUCAUCCCGUGAUCAUCAUCAUCCCAUCUUAUCUCAUUUCCAAUAAAAACACUCUACGUUUCCAAUUCAUCUCUGUCAAAUCGACACACAAUCUUUUGACAAUUUCAAUACUUUUACAAAUCCCAUUUCCAAUCUUUUCUCUAACUUUUCUCCCAAUUUUUCGCUUUCUUUUUUGGUUUCCUCGCCGGAAAGUUCACUCCUGAUCUCUUCUUUCCUCGUCGGCGACUCUCAGUUAUGAUAGGGAUGGUAGAUUCUGACCGGGUUUACUUUGAUUGAGCUGAAUCGUCUUUUAUUGAUUUUGUGAUGAAAGUUGCAUCGAUUACGACUGAUUGUUGGUUCAAUCACUUUUUUUCUCAGUUUUUUUGUGACUAAUGUCUACGAGCUCGUUCAAGCAAGAGCAUGAUUUUGAAAAGAGACAUGCUGAGGCAGCCCGGAUUAGAGAAAAAUACCCCGACAGAAUUCCGGUAAUUGUGGAGAAGGCAGAGAGAAGUGAUAUUCCCAACAUUGACAAGAAAAAGUAUCUAGUGCCUGCCGACCUGACUGUUGGCCAAUUUGUUUAUGUUAUCCGGAAAAGAAUAAAAUUGAGUGCAGAAAAGGCAAUUUUCAUAUUCGUGGACAAUGUGUUACCGCCAACAGGAUCACUGAUGUCUGCAAUCUAUGAUGAGAGGAAGGAUGAGGAUGGGUUUCUCUAUGUUACAUACAGUGGAGAAAACACAUUUGGAUGACGUUUACCAUAGUAUGCAGUUUCUUGCUCCCUCUCUACUUGUUUAUUAUCCACAACCCAUCGAUUAUUUUCGUUGCUGUUUGUGCCAAAUAUGCCGUCUCGUGUCUGUAAAUAAAUUGUACAGUCGAAGACAAUAUAUAUGUGUGAAAAACUUCAAUGCCCAAGUCAUUUCAACUUGUAAUCCCCUUGAAUUAUAUCUAAUGAAGUCGUAAAUUGUAACCUUAAA